AUGGAGAAGACACACAUCCUCGAUCAAGCGGAGAUUGGGUUCUCAGUUAAUCGUCCAACUGCCCUCUACACCAUCUUCGGGGGUCUCUUCUUGAUCGUUUUGCACGCAAUCUACCGGUCACUUCUUCCAAGGCCGUUUCCAGGAAUUCCUUACAACAAAUCUGCCGUCAAGAAUCUUUUCGGCGAUGGACCGGAGUUGACAAAGUUCUUCCUCGAAACUGGAGAGGUCGGUCUCUGGCUUUCGCGCCAGAUCAAGAAGCACAACAGCCCUAUUUUCCAGGCCUUCGUCCGACCUUUUAGCAACCCAUGGGUUGUCAUUGCAGAUUUCCAGGAGUCACAAGACAUAUGCCUCCGCCGAGCCAGGGAAUUUGACCGUUCCCCGUACUGGGCUGACCUCUUCGCUGGACCGGCGCCUCUCGGACACAUCCACCUACCUUCUAACAACGUAUGGAAGGGACAUCGGCGCCUGCUUCAGGAUCUCAUGCUUCCUGCGUUUCUGCAAAACGUGGCCGCCCCAGCAAUCUACUCGAACGCUCUGGAUUUGCUCCAUCUCUGGCAAAACAAAUGUGACAUUGCCAACGGGCGGCCGUUUGACGCGGAAAAGGACAUCUUCUACACUGCGCUUGACGCGGUCACCAGCUUUUCUUUCGGCGCAUCAUUUAACCACAAAGCUACUGUUCCACAGCUAAAGGAGCUAGAGGCCCGGCGGAAGAGCAUCACCAUGCUUCAAGGGUCGAUUACCAGCAGGGAUGCGGAGAUAAAAUUCCCAAAAGCCCACAUCGGCGACGAGCUCCAGGCCGUUCUUACCAUCACAGAUGCGGUUGAGGGACAGAACUCCACAUUAUUCCCCAGGAUCAAAUGGUGGCGAAGAGAGACGUUCGAACCGGGCCUCCGGAACGCAUGUAACAUCAGGAGAGAGCUCUGCCGAAAAGAGAUCUUCAAAGCCGUCACUCAACUUGAGAAACAUGGUGACGAUGAGAAUUGGGCCCGCUCUGCCAUAGAUCUCAUGGUCCGCCGGGAAAAGUUGACCGCUGCCAAGGAAGGCCGCGAACCCCAGUACUACACCGACCACAUGAUUGACGAGGUUUUUGUACUCAUAGUUGCCGGGCACGAUACCACGAGCACGACUAUCGUCUGGGGCAUCAAAUUCCUGGCUGACCACCAAGACGCCCAAAGGAAGCUACGCACUGCCCUCCAAGUCGCCCAUCCCGAUGCCUUUGCUGAGAAAAGAAACCCAACUACUGCCGAGAUCAUGAGGCCCAACGUGGCCCCUUACCUUGACGCAACUAUUGAGGAAAUAGUUCGCCUCAGCGGCACAUCGGACGGCGUCCAGAGGGUUGCCACGGUGGACACGGAGAUCCUCGGCCACCCCAUCCCAAAAGGCACCGAGCUUUGGCUGCUGGGCAUGGGACCCAGCAUGCUCGAGCCGGCUUUCAAGAUAGAUGAUAAACUUCGCAGUGAAAGCUCCCAAAAGGUCGGCGUUGAGGGCCGGGUUCGCGCCUGGGAUGAGACUUCCGACAUGGCUGCUUUCACGCCCGAACGCUGGAUGCAGGAUGAGAACGGGAACCCCACAUUCGAUGCUCUCUCUGGGCCAUCGCUGACCUUUGGCUUGGGUACGCGUGGCUGCUACGGGAGAAAGCUGGCGUAUGUGGAGAUGCGACUCAUCUUCACGCUCAUCAUUUGGAACUUUGAGCUUUUGCCUUGUCCGCCGGAGCUCUCAGGAUAUGAGGCGAUUACUGGUGUUACCCGAAAGCCGCAGAAAGCCUAUGCCCGUCUUCAGAAGGUCAUUCUUUAG